AUGGCUACGGAGAGUGUUUUAGCCUCAAGAGAUACUUUAGUCAAGUAUAGCAAUCCUGUGAUAGUUUCUAAACAUCCUGAAAAGCCCCUGACACCAACACCAGUAAAUAUUGGGAUCCCCCCAACCGAAAAAACAAAGUCAACAGAAGAGGUUCUGAACUGUAUCCUUCCCCCAAGGGAAUGGGAAGAAAAUGGCCAACUUUGGAGGCAAACUGUAUCAAGUGAGCCAGCCACUCGUGAAGAUGUCAAAAAGCUCGGAGAACAGCUCGACACAGGCCUUCAACAGCAGCAGGCUAGGGAAACAGGCAUCUGUCCAGUACGAAGACGACUCUUCAAUCAGUGCUUUGAUGAGCUGAUUAGACAAGUAACAGUGAACUGCUGUGAGCGAGGUCUGUUGCUUCUACGAGUGAGGGAUGAAAUGAAGAUGGCAAUGGCUGCUUAUCAGACAUUGUACGAGAGCAGCAUCGCAUUCGGUAUACGCAAGGCACUUCAGGCUGAACAAGGGAAGUCAGAUAUGGAGGAGGCAAUAGCAGAACUGAGAGACGUCAAGUCAGAUCUGGAGAGACAAGUAGCUGAGUUGAGAGCAAAAGCAGAACAAGUUGAGAGAAGAGCUACUGAGCUAAGACAAGCUGAAGAGAAGAAACACGCAGAAGAAAUUGACUUCUUAAAGAAGACUAAUCAACAACUGAAGGCUCAAUUGGAAGGAAUCAUUGCACCCAAGAAGUAAACGAAGACUAAUUGAAGAGUGAAUCGAGAGUAUAAACUUCAAUAAU